AUCUCUCGACCGAAAUCUCCUCAUAUUAUCGUUCUAAUAUGAUAAUAUAGUGGUUUAUAUACAUAUUCUAACAUGCGAAUUAAAUUACUUUUACUAUUAUUACUACUGUUCAUAUCAAACGAUUUCGUAUUCGGUAAAAAUGGAAACAAAAGUAAAUCGAUUAAAGCUGUUAACAAUAAACAUGAAACCAAUAAGAAAGAAAAUAAAAGCCGCCUUAGAAGAUCGUUAGACGAUGACAUAGAAAGCUUAUUCGUACUUGGUAAAGAUUUCCCGCAAUUUGAUCAUAAUUUGCAAGAACGAGGAAGAACAGUAAAGUUACGACCGAUUGUCGAGAAAGAACCACCAUUUUGGGGUACGAGAGGCAGAAGAGAUAGUUCCUCAGACGAAACGGUCUCCAAUCUGCAACUACCAAUGUACAACCACCAUAAAGGAAAAAUUAAAAAUUUGCAAAAACUACUUUUGGCCUUCGAUGGCAAACAUAGAAGAGAUGAGGCGGAAUCACCAUUUUGGGGUAAUCGUGGUAGACGCAAUUCUGAUGAAUCUGAUGAAAAUGACAUAGAUCUUUUUUGGGCUAAUAGAGGCAGAAGGCAAGACGAAGAACCUUUUUGGGGCACAAGGGGACGAAGAGAGGAAGAUUCCCCUUUCUGGGGUAAUCGAGGAAGACGUGAGGAUGAUGAACCUUUCUGGGGUAAUCGAGGUAGAAGACAAGAACCUGAACCAUUUUGGGGUACAAGAGGAAGAAGGGAAACUCUCGAGCCUUUUUGGGGUAGCCGUGGUAAGAAAAAAAUGAAGAACCAAUACAUUGAUAAAGAAGCGAUUGAGCCGUUUUGGGGUAACCGAGCAAAAUUGAAGGAAAAAUUAAAAAAUUCUAUCAUUGAAGAAUUAGAAAAUGUCCAAGACAAUAUCAGCAAUUUAUCAAAAUUGAAACGAAACGAUGUACCAUACCCAUUCUGGGUGAACAGAGGAAGAGAUAGUAAGCUUAAAUAUUUAUUUAACGGAGCUAAACGAGAUCGCUUGGGUAAUAUGCCAAGUAUCACAAUUAAAACGACCAGCAAUGAGGGACGGUAUAAGCUACACGAACCGAACACAGUACACAAUGACAGAAUUUACGCUGAGGAACCUCGUUAUAUUUUAGUAGAACGAAAUAGUCGUUCUUCACUGGAAGAGGAUCCGUUUUAUAUAUCCAGAGGCAAAAAAUAUAGUGCCAUUGAAUUGGUUAAAGAUACUCGAAACAGACGUGGAGCGCUAGAAGAACUAGUAAAAUCCGUUCGAAAUGAUCCUUACUAUAUAGCAAGAGGUAAAAAAGAUUCAGACCCUUUGAAAAUCGGAAAUUCAUCUUCGUUACGAGAUCAAUUACUAAAGACCAAGGAUCUCGUUUGUUCUACUGUUGAUCUUACAUCAAUGAAACAUGAAGGGAAUAUAGUAAAAAGAGAGGCAAGUGACAAUGAGAGAGAUAGAAGAACUAUCUUGAAAAAAUUAGCCCUACAAUUGCAAAUGGAUCCAUAUUUUGUUAGCAGAGGGAAAAAAAGCGAAUCUUAUAGCAGUUCGGAUUUAGAGCAAUUUAUAAAUAAAAUAAAAGCUUUAUGUAAUUAG